AAUAACAGCAACAACAACGGUGGAGAAAAGAUGGCCUCCCGGAGCAGUGGAUUUGUAGUGCAGGAACCAGUAACCAACGAUAACGCUGGAGGCAAAAAAUAAACAAACAAAUAAAUAGUUUUCAGAAGAAGCCGUUUUCUGUUUAACCUCCUUAGUUUAUCAUAGUCUCUAUAGCUUUACAUUUGCCCUUUCAGACAGAAGUCUAACACAGAAGGAAAUGACCUCAUCUACGAAACAAGUCACCACGCCUAACCAAAAUAGGACUAUGUCUUCCAGUGGUAAAAACCAAAAUCUUUAGCAUCACAGCAAAGAAAAAAAAAAAAGAAAGAAAGAAAAGAAAACCACAUCCUUUGUGUUUUAUUAUAUAUUGCUAAUGUCAAUACCUGAAAAUACAUGUACCCAUAUGGGAAUGAGAGAAGCCAUGAAAACUUCCUUUCAUUUCUCCUUCCCUGUUGCAAUGCUUCUCCUGAUUUCUGGAGUUUUUCCAGAAUCCUGUGAUGGAAUUCUAGGAGGAAAUAUAGUAAAGCCUCAUGAAAAACCCUACAUGGCCCUAAUUAAAGGGCUGAAAAUUUGUGCAGGUGCUUUGAUCCAAGAAAACUGGGUACUGACAGCUGCUCACUGUGACUUGAAGGGCACACCUCAAGUUAUUCUUGGAGCCCACUCUACAACCCAUAAAGAGAAAUCUGACCAAGUGUUUGCCAUUGAAAAGGCGAUUCCCUACCCGUGCUAUGAUCCACAUACAUUCGAAGGAGAUCUUCAACUUCUUCUGCUGAAGGGUAAAGCAAAAAUAAACAAAGCUGUAAGAUUACUUCCGCUGCCCAAGUCACACGAUGAUGUCAAGCCCAAAACCAAUUGUCAGGUAGCAGGAUGGGGAGGCACCAAGAGCAACUCGUGUGACUUUUCAAAUAUCUUGAGAGAAGUCAAUGUCACGGUGAUAGACAGAAGAACCUGCAAUGAUGCAAAGCACUAUGAUUUUCAGCCAAUUGUGGGUAACAGCAUGAUCUGUGCUGGUGGUAGGAAUGGUGAAGAUGACUCAUGUGAAGGGGAUUCUGGAAGUCCUCUGAUAUGUGAUAUGGAGUUCAGAGGUGUCACUUCCUUUGGGAAGUGUGGUAACUCCCAGAAGCCUGGUGUCUACAUUCUCCUUACAAACAAAUAUGUCAACUGGAUAAAGAAAACCAUUGCAGGAGCCAUCUGA